AUGCCUGCGGCCGGCUACGGAGCAAGCCUCGCCGCCUCGAAGGCGAGGUCGCCCCCAGCGGGCACGCCCGACGCUACCGAGCCUGAGAAUUCCAGGAGCGGGGUCGUCACCAUACCCCUGGACAAGCAGUACGUCCCGGUGGUUCGCAAGAACCACGUGGUGUCCUACAAGACAGCGUAUUUCGGGAAGGUCUCCUUGGGCAUGCCCCAGCAGGGGACCCAAGUCUUCACCGUGCUCUUCGACACGGGCUCUGGCCACUUCUUCCUGCCGUCCGCCGCCUGCGAGACGGAGACCUGCGUGCGCCACAGGCGCUACGAUGCCCGGGCGUCCUCCUCAGCAGUGGACAUCGACCACGAGGGCCUGGAGGUCGCAGCGAACGCGACGGGCCGCGACCAGGUCGCCGUCGCGUACGGCACCGGCGAGAUCGUCGGAGAGUUCGUCCGGGAGACGGUGCUCAGGCACUCGCGCGUGAACGGGCGCUUGGAAAGCAAAUGCCUGUAA